AUGAGGGAGACCGUCACGCCUCUCCAAAGCAGUAGUGAAGCUAGCAGUGGUGGUGUGCCGCUGGAUCUGGACCUCUCCUCCAGCACUGAUAUGAAUACCUGGGAUCCUAUGGAUGAAGACAGCAACAGGGGAACAUUUGUCUUCGGGGGGUUCCAGUGGCAAUGGGAUGCGAGUGCACAUGUCGAACAAGAGUCAAUAUCCCCAGAAAUUGCCAACAGCCACGACUGCCAGCGAAAGUCUCACGAGACCCUUGAAAGCAUAUCCGUCCACAACAUCAACAAGACUGAGGCCGACGAAGGACCCCCACCACCGACUGGUUUCACCCUAAAAACGGAGACCACAGUUAACGGCGUGCCACUGGACUUGGUGCUCCAGGUUAACCGCGAGGCGGUUGAGCGUCUCAUUCUACUCGUUUCUUGCCCCUGUGCACAAAUUCCAUCUGUUACAUUACUUUAUGCAUCGAUAAUCUCCCGGAUCCUGGCGUGGUACGAGCAGGCUGCGGGUUGCACACAACUUUCCUCUCUGCCAAGUCGUCCCAGUACGGCAGCAGGGAGUAACUUAACAUCCAGCGACUCUAGUAGAGCUGCAUCCUCACCACCCAUGCAGCCUCCAGAGGUAUCGUUCGCGCCGUCACGAAUGAUGAUUGGGAAAUUCAAUGUGGACGAUCCUCGCCUCCAGACUAUGAUAAAUAUACACCUACUAUCUGGCAAGAUGGAACGAGUCAAGGGUGUUAUCGACCAACUUGGCUCACAAACCGGCAGCUCAAAUCCGGCGACAGGGAAAAUUGGAGGCCUUUAUCUGAGUCUCAACUCAUGGCUUAAGCAGGAUUGUUUAAGGAUUUUGCAUAUGAUGCAAUUGGAGUUGAGGGAACUGAGCAUUUGA